AUGGUUUACAAGGAUCACAAGCUUUACCUAUUAAGCGCCGAAUGUUGUAGUUUCAUCAAAAUCUUUGAUUUUUCUGGAGAGACACCACGAGAGAUCUUUCGUUGUGGUGUUGAGUUGAAAACGUUAUGGUUACGUGGUAAGGCUUUUCUACAGAUUGAUUCAUGGUGUGUCGAUGAGACGAAGCUUGUGGUCACGGUAACAGGAGAUGUCCUCAAGGUUGAAAGAAGGAGAAGACCUAAGUCUGGAACGGUGUCGUUUCGUGUCUACAGGUUUUAUACGUCAUCGGGGGUUUUCAAGAAAUAUGAGAGAGUUGUUUCUUUGGGGGACGAAGCAAUGAUUUUCGAUCUAGGCGUCACUGUGGUCGCCGAUGAUGAGAUUGAGGGUAUCAGAAGAAACUGCAUCUAUUUCAAUCGCAGUCAUAAUAGGAUGAACAGAAAUGAUGUUUCUCUCUUCAAUCUCGAGACGCGGAAGAUGGAGCCACUGCACAUGUUUGAUGGUUCGUCAGUUCAAGUCUCUAGUGUUCGAUGGUUCUUACCAAGUUUCACUCAGACAUGA